CACUGUUUACAUAACAAAAAUCAGCCGGUAUACUGAGAAUACUGAGAGAGCAGCUUGUAUUAUUUAAAAAAAUCUAAUUUAGCUGUUUUAUCCGUUUAAUCAAUUAAAAAUGAACAUAUUUAAAGUUAUUCUUGGUAACAAAACAUUUUUAAAUCGAUUAUAUAGCUCAGAGUCUAGAUUCAACAAUGUGUACGAUGCCGCAAAGUUCUUUUACCCGCUGCUAGAUGUCAAUGAAUCCACAAUGUACAAAUAUCUAUCGAAGCAUAGGUUUCUUAUCGAUUUAGAGCCAAUAGACGUGCAACGAAAGAUUACCUAUUUCAAGUAUCUAAACGCAACUACAGAGGACAUUCUUCAACAACCUGCUUUAUUCACGUUACAUUUGAUAACCCUCGAAAACAGGACGACAAUUUUGCGAGAGUGUGGAUUUGUGGAAACGUUGAAUCUGUUAACGAUUUCCAAAUACAUCACAAUCAUAAGGCAGAAGGUAAAGGCUCUUAAAAACAACAAGUUGAUUCCGUUAGAUUUGAAUAUGAUGGAUCAGCUUAGCAAGCAGUUCGACACGGAAAUAAGGCCAAACAUUGAUUACCAUGAAGACAUGCACUUGCAAACGAUUCGUGAACAUUUUUUCAACGCCUAUCUUCGACAGAGGUUGCAGCUUACAGACGAAGAGUUGAAUAAACUAUGGAGAUCAUAUUCUAAGAUAAAACACAAGAGUUUUGGCCACACUCAGCGAGUUGUGGAUAUUCUUGAGCAUGACCUUAAGUUUAGUAGAGACAAAAUAGUCAGAAAUCUGUAUCUUCUUCAUGCGGAUCCAGAAAACAUGCUUCGCUAUUCAGAGGUGGUGCCAUCGAUAGCCGGAGUGGACAUACGAGACGUUAUGAUCAAACAACCGAAAGUUUUGAUGAUACCGUGUGAAGCUGUGAAGGAACUCUUAUCUUAUCUUAGAGAGUUUGGAAUCGACGAAGCCGGAGUUCUCAAAUACUCAACAAUUCUAACGUUGUCACCGAAUACGGUGUUGGCUCGAUUGGAACAGCUGAAAAAGACGAAAGAGUUCGAUGUGCUUUCGAAACAUCCCAGAAUCACAAAGCUCAUUGCCUACCAAACCAAAGCCGCGAUACGGUUGGACUUUCUGCAGCAGCUGAAGGUUCGAUGUGCUUCGCUUAACGUGCUGUCUAGCCAUUCGAACAGCUUUGAAAAAUACAUUCGAGACGGAUACGAUAGAACGAAGGGGACAGAUGUAGCCCAUUACCUUAACAUGGUAUUUCAUCGCCAGGGCAAUGAUGCUAUUGAACAGUUGAAACGCCAUCCCAAUUGGUUCCAUGUUCCAGCUGUACAGAUGCAGGAAAUACUAGACUAUCUCAAAAGAAGAGGAUUCUCGUUAAAUGAUGUCUACGAGAACAUUCAGAUUCUCUUGUACCCUUUGUCGCGAAUUAUCCAUAAACUGGACAAGCUACUUGAGUGCAAACAGGCAAAAAAGAAACACGAGGAGCUCGGUAUCGAAUUGACCGGUGUGACGGCAACGCAAAUGCUAGCCCUGUGCCUCUACACGAUAGAGAUGGAUUUUCAUUUCACUGGCGACGGAAUAUGGCCGGAACAAAUACAGCAUAGUGAUUCGUCUACCACCACCAAUAUCGAGCUGCCGAAAUCGCUCAGUAAAGAUUAUAAAUUUGGAAAGAAACCAUCGACGCAGAGUAAAAGUGUUUCUUUGAAUGAGUAGUUUGUUUUCGUUUAUAGACGAUAAAUGUACAGAGUUUAAUAAAAAUAAAAUGAGCCUUCUAAGAACAAUCUUAUUUUAUUGCUUCGCAUAACCAGUGGUUCCAAACCUUAUGAAAAUUGUCCCUUGUUGUGUUUCCAUUGAAAUUUUAUAAAAAUGAAAGAUUUUUAAAACUCAAAGAAGUAAUGAAAGUAUACUUUCAGGAGAUUAGUAAGUGUAGCAUCCCAAAUAAUAUCAUUCAUAUACCAUUUCACUGCUCGAGUCAUAAUUUACAUUAAGGCACUUGAUUGCCAACAUUCAUUAGUGCAUACUCAGAUUUCACAACAGACCUCAUUCAAAAUUUAUUGCAUACACAUGUUUUCAUGAACAUGUUAUUUCGACCAUAUCAUAACAUUGAAUUUGGGACUAGGCAGUUGACACUUGCCUGACCCACAUUCAAUGUUGAACAAACAGAAAAUACCACCCGUGCAGUAAAAGACACAUGUUGAACAAACAGCCUGCUUCAUGACGAUUGGCUAUCGUCUUCACAAAAAUAAGUCCAAGCUCCUCCCAUAGAAUUUAAGUUUGUGUAGACUUAAGCUUGAGUGUAGAGUUAAGGUUUGAUGUAAAUCAAAAAGAAAGAUACAAGACAGAUUGAUUUGAACCAAGAA